AUGUCACUAACGUGGUUCAAGAGUCUCUCGGCCUUCUUGGAGUUUUACAGCGGAGGUGUCCUUCCGCAGGAGUGGAAGCAAUUGGUACGCCUCUGUCAUCACUACGAGCAUCUAUCCAUCACUCCGGAAGUACAGGCGCUAAUUGGACUCAUCCCUACCACCAUCGACAUCGGCGUGGCAUCACCCAUGCCUAUACCUCUCUUCCCCCAUCUGUUUUAUCUUACGGUGUCUUGCCGGGGUGCCAUUCUUAAUGGGAACAUUACGGCUGUUGAUGACAGGCGUGUGCGCGAUGGUAAAUUUGCCAUCAGUCUGACUGAACUAGCGUGGGACGUCGCUUUUCCCAAGGUUAAUCCGAAUUUGGCUCGUCAACUGUGUCACUUUCUUCGUGCUAUGCAGAAUCGAGAAAAGGCUGACACGUCUGAUGACGGCACACUUGUGAUUGCAAGCCGGCGAGAUUAUCCCCAAAAGGAGCCGUUUCCACCUCAUCUUGAGAGUCUGCACACAAGAAAUAUGGGCCUUCGGUCAUUUGAUAAUCGUAUAUUACAGCUGGCAGAUUUAUCCGUGUUGAACGUGGGGAAUAACUGGAUUCCAUCAGUCCCCAAAGCUCUGGAGUGUUUGCGCCUAACUCACCUCUCCCUGAAGUCAAAUCGACUGGUGGCUUGGCCGAGUGUUUCGAGAGACUCUGCUCUGGCCGGCAGUUUGCGUUGCUUGGACUUGUCGGAGAACAGAAUCGCUUGGCUCCCGGAGGACUUUUGGAAUCUGGGGAAGCUGCAGAGCCUGCUUAUAACGGACAAUCGCCUAGGUGCAUUACCAGCGGCCAACUUGCACAGGGUGACGAAGCUUAAGAAUAUUGAACUAAGAAAUAAUAGACUGCGCUGCCUACCCUAUGCUGCCUCCCAAUUCUUGGAGGUAGGAAAAAUGAGUCUUACCGGAAACCGGUGGAUGGCUCCAUUUUUCCCGAAGAAGUGUGGCAAGGGUCCUAAGAGUCUUUUCCACUUUGCAUCUGCAUCAUUUCUGCGAGAUUAUGAACAUAUACUAUCGGAUUUGGAGUCGCAGCUGCCCCGAGAUGUUCAGCUACGGCUGCAGGUGCUGCGUCGCUGCCACGGAUGUUGUCGCCUUUGUGGUGUGGAGGAGGAUCGGUACGUGGGAUGUUUUACGUUGAGGCAUUUUAAGCGUAUGUAUGCCAUACAGCAAAUCAAGGAGAACUUCCCUGUCUUCAUUUGCUACUGUUGUUCAUCUCAUUGUGCGGCUCGAGUGCGGAAGCCCAAACGCUUUUUCUUGGUGGUUUUUAUGCAAGACGUAGUUGAGGUCUCGCCUACUAGGGCAUUCGCCUUCCUCUAUUAUGUCUUCCUUGGGCUGUGCUAA